AUGGCGUUAUUCUGCUGCUACGCAUUCAUAUUUUCAAUUUUUCACUACACCGAAUUCUUCUUCACAGCAAUUUCGAAUCGUCGUUCACUCCAAUCGGAUUCAUUCUUGCUGAACCAUUCGGUGGCGUAUUGGAUCGCUGCAUUGGCAAGUUGGAUGGAAUUUUUUCUAGAGGUGUAUUUGGCUCCGUUCCUGAAAGUGCAGACCAUCAGUAUGCUAGGAGUGGCAGCAUGUAUAUGUGGUGAAAUUAUUCGUAAGCUUGCUAUGCUCCACGCAGGAAAUGGUUUCACACAUCGAUUAGCACUAUCAAAGCGUCCUGAUCAUCGACUUGUGACGACGGGCAUCUAUGCUUUUCUUCGGCAUCCUGGCUAUACAGGAUGGUUUAUGUGGAGCAUAGGUACACAACUCAUACUGUGCAACCCGUUAUGUUUGUGCGGUUAUGCCUACGUCAGUUGGCAUUUUUUCAAUGAACGGAUUUACGACGAAGAACGAGACCUAAUUAACUUUUUCGGUCAACAAUAUAUCAACUAUCGGAGAAGUGUGUGGGUUGGUGUACCUUUUGUUAAAGGAUUUGAACCAUAA